AUUAAUCCCCCGACUGUACACGAGAUUCGUGCAAUUUUUCGCCAAAAUAAAAUGAAUGAUUCGCGACGAUUAUGAGACUCGAAAGCUUUUUCGGAGCACUAUCUUUACUGCGACGAAGCAAGAGCUGCACUUACUCGCCAUCUUGGAUCUGUCACAAGGCUAGAGAAAUGUCCUGGAGACCAUCGCCUUUUGAAAAAGCAUCUAUUCUUGAGUCCUUUUGUCUCGUGAAAUCGAAUUUUGGUGUUUCUCAGGUAGUGUUAAGAACGGACGAACUAUUUAGUGGGUUUUUGUUAAGUUGGAGUCACGCAAUACGUUGAAAAGUGGCUGCAUAAGUUGACCUUGUUUUUACGUUCUUAAGAAAUGAUCGAGCUUUGAGCAAGGAUUUGUGCUUUUUUUGGCGUGCAAGAGUCAAAGGUAAUCAUUGAUAGGAUGGCUACGGACAUCGAGGAAUCCGAUACCGACGAUCAUGACAAACCUGGACCUGCCAAACGACAAAGAGUUGUAAACAACAUACUUCCUGAUAGCAGUAGUUUGGAUAACAAUGACAUGCCUGAAGAUUAUGAAAAUGCAGUAAUUGAUCAAGAAGAAGACAGGAGAGCAAGAGCCAAAUUAAAUAGCUGGCAAGCUUGUCAAGUAGCCAAAGGAUUUGUAGAUGAUGCUAUUAACCGUGUUCUUGAAAAUUAUAUAAUAUCUCCACCAGCUUCAUAUCCAUUUGAAGAUCCAUGGUAUCGUCUCUUCCAAGAUAAUCAAAUGGAGGAUACUGCUGUGUCAAUGGCUAUCCGUAAUUAUGGUUUAGUUCGAUCAUUGGACUUAACUCAAUCACCUUCUCUCGUCAAUGAAUGUAUAUCCAAUGUUCCUGAAAACUCUGAAAACACACAAGCGCCUACAACAACUGCAACUACCAAUCCACUGUUAAUUGAUUCAGAGGCAGCUAGUACAAGUGGUAAAGGUGAUUGGCUGGAUGAUACUUAUGACAGUGAUCAUCAGCAAAAUUUCUUGGAUCGUGCUGUUGCAGAAGCUAUCAAGAAGAAGGGAUUGAGCACUUUAACUGUUGAUUAUGGAUGAGACAAAUUAGAAUAUUUAGCCGAUGGUUAAUUUAUUUUUUUUAUUUGGCAGUGUUGAUCUGUAUAUAUACAUGUAUAUAAUGUCAUGUGUAUAUCUGUGUAAAUAUACAUUCGUAUAUAUCAACAAGCUAAAUUGUUAAAACAAAAUUAACCAUCGAUGCAUUGACCUUUCAAUAUUAUUCUAUAUAUUUGUAUUUUUAAGAUAGUCUUCUGUUUUUGGAAGAGCCAGCUAUUUUAAAUAUUAGACAGCUGAGACAGUACUAUAUCUCUUGUCUAUAGCUUCAUAUAGCAAAAUAUAUCCUGCUUAAAGUUUCUUUUUUUGUAUAAUAUGGGGCUACUAGCUUUACACAUGAUAGAUUCUACUGGAAACAUUCAUUUUUAAAUCUAUCAACAAGUACAGAGAGAAAGAUUUUCACAGUAUAUUUUUAGUAAUAAUAUUGUACAUUUUCUUUCAUUCAAAAGCUAAUGAGACUAUUUGCCAAAUAUUUUUCACAAAACAAAUAGUAGAGAAACGCAAAUAAGCGUACAGCCAUUCAAUUGAUAGUCAUAUGCCCUUGUAUAAAUAUAGAAGAACAAACAAGAAUGAAAAAUGUCUGGUUAAUAUAAUGUCGUAUAAAAUGAGAUAGUCUGAGGCCAGGCGCUUCCGAGCCCCUUUUACCCGUUUAACAGGUAACUGCUAUAAUAUUCUAAUUGUAAAUUAUCGAAAGCCAUUUAUAAAGAGCGAUCUAUACAAUAAGCCCCAUUUGACGCGGUUCCGUCGACUGAAGAGAGUAAAAAUGAUAAAAUGAAAAAGUAAAAAAAUUAUACGUGUUAUUCGAGUAAAAAAGUAUUAUUAUAUCGAAAUACUAUAUAUUAUAUAUAAUCGUGUAAGUUUUGAAGUAGAUUUUAAUAACUCGCUAUGUAAUAAAUUUGAGUUUAUUCGACGCGAACAUUCCUAAUGUAGACUAUAUAGCAUUUAGACUGAUUUAUUUUCACAUGUAUGCUUGCAAGUAUUUAUAUUGUCUUUUUUUUAUCGCUGUCAAUUUAGUCACUUUUAUUUUGAUGGGGAAAUCAUGUUUUGUAAAUGAUGACAUGAAUUUUUAUAUUUUUCCGUGUUUUUCUCAUGUUAUUUAUCAUUUUAGAAACAAAAUAAUGUUGCCAAAAUUUGUCCUUAAUAUCAUAACACUUCUGGGUCAUCGAUGUUUGCGAAAUCAAUACAUAAAAGUAUUUGUAUCAUUACGCUAUGUUACUGAUUUUAUUAUUUUGUUAAACGGAGCGUUUUGUUAAUAGUUAUCAUAUAACUGUUUUUUUUCUUCAUGUAUUAGAUAUUUUUAAUUUUUUGUCAAAUGCACGCACAAAUUUGAAAAUUGAAUUAGCUAUAUCAUAUUUUACGAUACUGUACAAUUUGGUUGAUACAAAUACUUUUUACUAAAAUUCACGAAUAUGUUUAAUUUAGUCGAUUUAUCUUUCUGAAACAUUAUUAAAUUAAGUACUUGAAUCUAUUUAAAAAGAAAUUAUUCGAAGAACAAUAAAUCACAUUUAAUUGAUAAAAAUUCACAAUAUUGACUUAUUUGCAGCUCCUCACACAUAUUACCUAUCUUAUGAAUGUUCAAGUUAUCUAAGGGCAAAGUAUUAAAUAUUGAAAUUUACAAACAUAGAAAGCUCAGGAAUAUUUCCAAAUAAUCGAUAAUAUGCAAGCUGAAACAAUGAACACUUUGUAGUCAUGAAUGUAGUCAAAUUUUUUCUCCGAAAACUUGCAUUACACGAAGGGCGUUUAAUUGGCUAAACUUUUGGAGGAUCGCGCCACGCAAUUUUCCCUGAGAAGGAGGAUGGAAAAUACAA